AUGAGUUUUGAUGAGGUUUUUAAAAACAACACGAAGCUUGUCUGUAAAUUAAUAAACGAAGGUGAAUUCACAAAAACAUUUUCUAGCUUUGAUCGUAUAGUAGAGAUUCUUAAUGUUACAAGAAAAAUAGAACCAGAUUAUGCAAUCAAAUUACUCAGAGAAAUUAUUAAUAAUACAGAUCUAACAGACGACCAAUGUAUUUUUCUACUAUUACAUCUAGAUUUAUGUUUCAACGAUCACAAAUCGCUCGACAAUUUCCUCAAAAGAUUACCAACUUUGCUCCGAAUCUCGCCUCAUAACAUAUUUACUUCAAUUUAUGAAUUUAUGAUGAAUACUACACAAUAUUGUCCGAUUUUAUCUAUUGGGAACUCAGGUAAUGAUUCGAUUGUUGAUAUUCCUUAUUCAAAUAGAGAUGAUGAGCAAAUGGACGAAGAAAUUUCUCAACACACUGCGAAAAAUGAUAAAAAUGCAAUGAAUCUCACAAAAAUUACAGAAAUUUUCAAACAAAAAAUUAUUGAUCUAAAAUCAUUUAAAGAUGAAGCAAAAGUUCAUCAUAGAACUGUAAGGAGUUUUAUAAAAACGCAUUACCAGGAAUUUAAAUCUAAAAUAGAAGAUUUAGUUAUAAAUGCUUCAAAAAGUAACGAUUUUAAAUUAAAAUUACUUGACAAACUAGAUGUUGAUAUAAAAUCGCCAGUAGAUAAAGAAGAUAAAGAAAAAAUGCAAUCAUGCAUCCACUUUUUUGCGCAAAAUAACAAUAUUAAGGCAGUUAAAUGGCUGAUUGAUAAAAAGAAAUACUUUGACCACAAUUUUAGUUCACCAACAAAGUUUAAUAUUCUUAUGGCUGCAUAUUCUGGAAACAUUGAUGAAGUUAUUGCUUAUUUAAAGGAGAAACCUGAUAUUAUUACUGAUCAAACCUUUCAAGGGAAAACUGCAAUUCAGAUGAGAAAUUAA